UUUUUUUCUUCUUUGAAUGUCAGGAGACAUGGGCAUAUAUCAUGUGCAGAAAAGGAUGUGAGGCAGGUUAUUCAGCAGUACCUAGAGGAAACCUGCUUUCUCUUCAGCAGCUCUUCCUCCUAAAGAUUUGGGCUCAUCCAUGUUCCUUAAAUCCCUCUAAGGCUUCAUUCUGCUUUGCACCUUCACCUUUCAGAUCUCAGAAUCUUUUUUAAUGUGGAUUCCACCAGCUUCAGGUUAGGACAGGAGGGAAUGGAGUUCUUCAGUGUUGUUGGUAAGCCAGAAGGGAUAGCUGAAGACAGAAUUCCCAGCAAAAUUAAUUUCUGCCUGUAAAGAUCACACACUCAGUUGUGGGAUUUUUUUAACCUUCUUACUAACAAAUGAGUAAGUUACCAACCUGGAAUAUAUAUGUGUUUAAUUAUCAAAAAGUGGAUAAAACAAGUUACAAAACAAGAGAUGCUUUUGGGAAUCUGUAUUACCUCCCAUUUCCUGCUCUUAAAACUCUGAUAAUUCACACUAAACCUAAUGUUAAAAAUAAAUUAAAUUAAAUCAGAAGGCAAGCAUACUUUUGUCUUCCUUUGUUUUCCAGCAAGAAGACAGUUUUAAAAUAUCUAUUGUACUACCUCAGAUACACCAGGUAUUCUAAUCUGGGUUUACCAGACUGGGAGAAGAGAAGAAGCUACAAGCAAUUAUUUCUAUUACGGACGCUUUUGCCUCGCUUGGUGAUUUCUGAAAUAUAUUAGGAGAGCCCACUUUCCCCUGAUGUGGAUUUAGCAAACUGCUGACAGUGGAACAGAAACAGAGGCAGAAAUCAAGAAAAUAUAUUUUGUUACAAGGAAUAGAAGAAGAGAACACAGAUAUUCUUAGAAAGUUUAAAACAGAUGAAAAGCAGAAAAGAGACGAAAAUAGCAGUUCUAGGACUCCUGGUUUGGACUAAAACAAUACUUCAGAUGUUUGGAUUUAUUUUUAUGUAUCAAAUCAUAACCAUUACCUAACCACUGGAUCAGCUUCAAGUCUCCAAUAUUUGGCUGUCCAACUGCAUAUAAAGGUUUGACACUGUGGUCUCUCUUUUGUAUGUCUUUCUAUGGAGAGGAAGCUGAAAUCAUUGUGAAGACUAUCGCAGGGGAUGUUGUCAUGGAAGCGUUCAUUUAGCUCCAGCAAAGUACUAGUGAAAAAAAUUGCAGACCUAUGAGCAACCUUAGGAAGAAGGGAAGAAGAGAGUGGCAGUGAGAAACAGUGAUCAACGUUGCUGCUGAAUGGUUCAUUUUUUAUCACCAAACAUGAAGACAGCAUGUGAGAAGUGGAUCAUUUUUCUCUUGUUAGCCCUGCCCUGUCCUGUCAUAUCCUUCAGGAACAUCACAACAGGCUGCAGAAUUAUCCGACCACCACGAGAAGGAGGCAUUCGCUACCGAGGACUGACACCAGAACAAGUGCGCACAGUCGAAGUUCUUCCUGUAGACUAUGAAAUUGAGUAUGUAUGUCGGAAUGAGAGGAUAAUUUCAGGGCCCAAAGUGCGCAAAUGUUUGGAGAAUGGGACCUGGACAGACCUGGAAUUGCCUACACGAUGCUUGCGGAACUGCUCCAAAAUGUGGCUUAACUUGGAGAACGGACGAGCACAUGUCCACAGUAUGGAACUUACACCUGUCGAAGGUACAACUGUAGAGUACGAAUGUAGAAGUGGCUUCCAGCUUGUUGGCAGCAUACGGAGUCAGUGUACAAAAUCAGGACACUGGGACCAUCCCAAACCAUUUUGUGAACCAAAGCGCUCUGGAGGAAAUAGAAAGAAGUCCCUUCAUAUUGGCGCCUUUUUCCCCAUGAGUGGGGGCUGGCCUGGAGGGAGAGCAUGUCGACCUGCCAUCGAAAUGGCAUUGGAAGAUGUAAAUAAAAGGAAAGACAUUCUCCCGGACUAUGAACUGAAACUCAUCCACAGGGACAGCAAGUGUGACCCAGGAGUGGCUACCAAAUUUCUAUAUGAGUUGAUUUAUCAAAAGCCACCCAAGAUUGUUCUUAUGCCUGGCUGCAGUAGUGUCUCCACCCUUGUAGCCGAAGCUGCUCCCAUUUGGAACCUGGUUGUGCUCUCUUAUGGAUCCAGCUCUCCAGCACUGUCCAACAGACAAAGGUUCCCAACCUUCUUCCGGACUCACCCUUCUGCCACACUUCACAAUCCAGCUCGUGUUCAACUCUUCAAAAAAUGGCGGUGGACAAAGAUUGCCACAAUACAGCAAACUACAGAAGUCUUCACAACAACUUUGGAUGACUUGGAGGAAAGAGUGAAGGAGGCUGGGAUAGAGAUCAGUGUACGGCAAAGUUUCUUGACAGAUCCUGCAGUGGCAGUCAAAAACUUAAAGAGACAAGAUGCAAGAAUCAUUGUUGGGCUGUUUUAUGAAACAGAAGCUCGCAAGGUAUUUUGUGAGGUAUUCAAAGAGAAGCUUUAUGGGAAGAAAUAUGUCUGGUUCCUAAUUGGUUGGUAUGCUAAUGAUUGGUACGAGCUUGAAGAUCCAGCCAUCAACUGUACAAAAGAGAACAUGUCAGAGGCUGUUGAGGGUCAUGUGACCACAGAAAUUGUAAUGCUUAAUCCAGAGAACACCAGAGGAAUCUCAAAUUUGACAUCACAAGAAUUUAUACAAAAAAUGAUGGAAAUCCUGGGGGAAGAUGCAGAACGGACUAGUGGUUAUCAGGAAGCUCCCCUUGCUUAUGAUUCCAUCUGGGCCCUGGCUCUGGCGCUCAACAAAACUGCACAUGAACUUGAAAACAAAAAUAAAAAUAAACCUGACAAUGAAAAGUUGUAUCUGGAAGAUUUCACGUACUCAGCUCGUAACAUAACAGAUGAGUUUUACAAAGCAAUGAAUGCAUCCUCCUUUGAUGGUGUUUCGGGGCAUGUCGUAUUUGAUGCAACUGGUUCUAGAAUGGCCUGGACGAUGAUCGAACAGCUGCAGGGUGGGAAGUACACUACGAUAGGGUACUAUGACAUCACCAAGGACAACCUCUCCUGGUACAACAAUGAUAAAUGGAUUGGGACCUCUCCUCCUGCUGAUCACACAAAGGUGAUCCCAGCUUUCCGGCACCUUUCUCAGAAGCUCUUUGUUUCAAUGUCUAUACUCGCUGGCAUGGGAAUAUUGAUGGGAAUUGUCUGUUUGACCUUCAAUAUCUACAACAGCCAUGUCCGGUACAUUCAGAACUCCCAACCCUACCUGAAUAAUAUGACAGCGCUGGGUUGUAUCUUGGCAUUGGCUGCAGUCUUCCCAAUGGGACUAGAUGGAUACCACAUCAAAACGUGGCACUUCCCAUUCAUCUGCCAGAUACGGUUGUGGCUUCUGGGUCUUGGAUUUGGCCUAGCUUAUGGGAGCAUGUUCACCAAGAUUUGGUGGGUCCACACCUUAUUCACUAAAAAAGAGGAGAAGAAGGAGAAAAGGAAGCAACAUUUAGAGCCCUGGAAGCUGUAUGCAACUGUCAGUGUCCUUAUGGCAAUUGAUGUCCUGUCUCUGGCCAUCUGGCAGAUCGUAGACCCACUACACCGUACUGUGGAGGAGUUCACCAAGGAGGCGCCAAAGGAAGAUAAAGAUGUGCUAAUCUUACCGCAGCUGGAGCACUGCAGUUCCAAAAAGAUGAGCACUUGGCUGGGGAUCAUUUAUGGCUACAAGGGUCUCCUUCUGCUCCUGGGCAUUUUCCUGGCCUAUGAGACCAAGAGUGUCUCUACAGAGAAGAUUAAUGACCACCGUGCUGUGGGCAUGGCCAUCUACAAUGUGGCAGUACUGUGUCUUAUCACUGCUCCAGUGACCAUGAUUCUAAGCAGCCAGCAGGAUGCGUUGUUCACCUUCAGUGCUCUCGCAAUCAUUUUCUCAGCUUAUAUUACACUUGUGGUUCUCUUCUUACCCAAGAUGCGCCGACUGAUCACAAGAGGGGAGUGGCAGGCAGAACAUCAAGACACCAUGAAGACCGGAUCUUCCAUAAACAACAAUGAGGAAGAGAAGUCCCGCCUUCUGGAGAAGGAAAACCGUGAACUGGAAAAAAUUAUUGCUGAGAAAGAAGAGCGUAUCACAGAGCUUCGUAGAAACCUUUUUGAGAGAAAGCAGCUACGAUCACGCCGUCAUUCCUCUACAAAUACACCAAAGGAGGGCUUUGAUAACCACUUUAACUCUUCCAGUCCCAUCUCUUCACUCUACCAGCCUGGUCUACCUCUUGUUAAGUGCUUGGUAUCUUCAGAUCAGAGUGACAAACUUGGCCCAAACAGCUGUGAUGGCAGUCGAGUCCACCUGCUGUACAAGUGAAGCUACCCAUGUAGGAAAUAGUUGGCUGCAUCUCCCUGCACUCCAAAUCAUGCACUCAGGGACACUUAAUAAAAGUGCUUGUAUGAAGAAGAAGCUCAUGAUGACUCAGGAUUUGAAAUAACAGAAUAACAACACAGGGGUACAGGCACUCUUUAUACCCUUCCCAUGACUUUGUACCAAGCAAAAAAGCAAAGGGAAUUUUAUUAAAUUGGCUAGUAAAUACAGCAACACCCAUUGGGUGGUAGUGUAGAAAGACAAAAGAGUCCUGAUAAGAGUGAACCGUCUGUUCCAUCUGGAUGGUGAAGUAUUAUCUGCUAUUGUAAGCUACGUUUAAUCAGUUGGUGCCUCACUCAGGUGCUGUGCUGUACAAUCUGUCUGACCCCAGUGUUACCAUAUUAAGAUUUCAGUAUGGUUAUCAGCAGCAAGUAUUCCAGUCAUGCAGGAAUAAAUGCAUUUUUAUUUGGAAUGGUCCACGACUAGAACAAUGUGUCAAAGUAAUCUUACAGACCUCAUCAGAGCAAAAUUAUAAACCUCACCAUGGCAGUGGUAUCCAGACGUGGAUUAACUGUAAUGCUGCAAAUGUUUUGUGCAUAUUAGCAAAGAUGACAUUCUAAGUCUGAAUGCGCUGUCACUGCUGUGUGGUCAGUGGGAACAGCAAGGCGUAAAAGUAAUGCAGAUAAUGUUGGAGGAACAAUGGAUGAGUGUGCAUGUUACAUACACAGCUAAUGUUACUCUGUUUAACAAAUUCUACUUUAGUAUGUCGGUAAAAACAGAAUAUGUUUCUGUUGGCUGAAGAUUGUUCUGAUCUGGUUGGUAUUUGUACACUGGUUCCUUGUUGCAUCUUUUUGAUUCCCACAUAUUGACUAAGUGCAGGUCAUGCACCAGCACUCAAGUGUCGUACACAUUCUUUUUUGACAUAGAAUUCUGACUUGCAGGAAGCGGCAUCAGAUACUCUUCUGAGCACAACCUAAAGUACAAGGUUUUGAAACAAAAAAGGGAAUAAGUUAUCUGAUUAUAUGGUCUAAGCUGCCUGUAAUGACUGUUACAAUAUCAAGGUAGUCAUCGAGGAAAACUGAAAGAUAAAAAAGGCUGAAGCCAUAAAAAGCACUAAGGAGACUGCAUGUAACAUAAUGAAUAAGUGUGUUGGAGUAUGGAGGAGUAAUACACAGGAUUACAACUGUCCCUGCAAGGAUAUUGCACCCUGGACCCAUUCCUCUGUAUUCUGGGAAGUGAGAAAAGUCAUUUAUGAAAAUAUUAGCUAACCCUACUUAACAGGACAAGCCACUUCUAACUAUAUAACUGGAAAUAAUUUCUAGUAAAAAGUGUAUUUAUAUGUGACAAUCAGUACCGAUGAUGAGAUAAGCAACUAAUAUGCAAUUAAUAUUUGUGCAGCACAAAGUUUAUCAGGAUCUUCACAUUAGAAUAUACAGCAUCUUUUUUAAGAUACAUUUUGUUUCUGUGUAGAUAAGGUGCAAAGACAGUUGCACAUGCAAUGUGGUACCUAGAUAGGGCGGUAUUAACAUGUACAUGCAAUAUGAGCUGAAUGUUUUUGGAAUUGUGAAAUGCUUAACUUUCGAGAUCCUGUUAUUUUAUGGUAAAAAGCCCUAUUCAUCUUUUUCCAUUUUUAUUAUAGUUAUGCCACCGAUGAUAUCAUUUGAUGGAGUUUUGUGAAUGUUUUGUUUACCAGCCAUGGGUACCAUCUUGUAAUAUUAUGCAGUCUUUAGAACUGUGAAUUAAUAAGUAGCUCAGAAUCUGUAAACUGCUAUGAAAUUAUACCAUUAAUUAUCCAAGAAAUGCCCAUAAUAGACCUUUUAAUCUUU